AUGGGAAGAUAUACCAAAAAUUCAUCAAAAUCUUCAAAUAAUUCAAAUAAUAAAUCAUCAUUAAUUCAACAAGUUGUUUUACCAACUUAUAAAUUAGAUUCAAAUCUUGUUUUAUUACCUGGUAUAAUAUAUAAUGUUACUUUUUCAAGAUUUAAAGCUGCUGCUUUAUUAUAUCGUUUUAAAGAUUUAGUAUCUCAAGUUUCUGUUAUAAAUAAUUUAUUAAAUGAAUAUAAUUUUGAUGAAACUGUUGCUUCUAAAGAUGGGAAUACAAAUGAUUUAAACCCAAGUGUAAUUUCAAAUGAUGCUGUAAAUGGUAUUACUCAAUUUUUUAAUCUUGAUAAUUCAAUAAAUAAAAAAGCUUUUCAAGAUGUUAAAAUUGUUGAUGAUGAUGGAACUAGUGAAAAAGAUUUAAAUGGUGAAUUAGGUCCAAUAAAUGAAUUUGAUUGGUUAACUUUAGCUAUAUCACCAAAUUUAGAUAGAAUAAAAGAUACAAAUGGUCCAUUAAAAAUUGAAGAUUAUUCAAAUGUUGUAACAGUUGUAAAAAUUGUUGGUAUAGUUGAUGAUACAACAAAUAUUAAAUUAACUUUACAAGCUAUUACAAGAGGUAUAAAAAUAAAAGAAUCAAUAAUUAAAUCAAAAAAUAAUGAAAGUGCAAUUUUAAUUGAUUGGAAUAAUGAUAUACCAGAUUUAAAAUUAAAAUUUAAAAUAUUAAAAUCAAAUUAUUAUCAACUUUAUAAAUCUAUUGAUAAAUUUUUAAUUGAUUAUAGACAAGCUUUAAAUAAUAAUUCAAGUUCUAUAAAAAGUGGGAAUUUAACUUUAGCUAAGGAUAAUAAAGAUAAAGAUAAUAAUAAAAAUAAUAAUAAUUCAAUACUAGACACAAAGCAAGAUUUAUUGACUUUAAACCCUUUAGCAAAUGCAUUAUAUUUACAAUUAGCAGGAUCAAAAGAUUUUAAUAAAGCUUUUCAUAAUUUACAAAAAUUAUAUUCACAAUUUCAUUCAAGUUCAACCACUACUACAUCGGCUGAAGAUUUAAAAAUAAACAACAAGACUUAUUUAAGAUUAGUCGAUUUAACAACUGCUAUUUUACCAUUUCCAAAUUAUGAAAAAUUAAAACUUUUAAAUAAAUAUAAAGUUGAAGAUAGAAUUGAAUAUAUUAAUGAAAUGAUGUCAUUAUUAAAUAAAAUAUUUGAAAAUUUACUGGAAAAUAAUUCAUUUGCUAAUAAUUGGUUUCAUAAUGAAGCUUCAAAUAUGCAAAGAGCUAAUAUUGUUGCAAAUCAAUUAAAAUCUAUUAGAAUUUUGUUAGAAGGUAUGACAAGACAAAAAGCUAACCAACUAAGACAACAACAGCAACAACAACAACGAUCGAAUCAAAAUAAUAAUCAACAAAGACAAUCAAAAACUUCAAACACUGGUAAACCUGGAGAUCAAGAUUUUGAAGAUAUGGAAGAUGAAAAUGAUGAAUUAAAAGCAAUUACAAAUUUUAUAAAAAAUAAAUUACCUGGAAUUACUACAUUAUCUCCAGAUUCCAAAAGAUUAAUUAUAAAAGAUUAUAAAAGAAUAAAAUCAUCAGCAAAUUCACCAGGUGGUGGUGGGAAUUCAGAUUUUCAUGUUUUAAGAAAUUAUUUAGAAAUUGUUAUGGAUAUACCUUGGGAUAGAUAUGUUACAAAAUUUAAAACUAAUAAAGAUAUUGAUUUAAAAUCUGCUAAAACUCAAUUAGAUAAAGAUCAUUAUGGUUUAGAACAUGUUAAAAAAAGAUUAAUUCAAUAUUUAGUUGUAUUAAAAUUAUUAGGUAUUAAUGCAUCAACAACAAAGAAUGAAUCUUCAUUAUCAACAACUCCUGAAAAAACCACAGAUUCAAAGAAUAAUUAUUCAACUGAUGGAAAUAUAAUUAUUGCAAAUGGUGAUGAAGCUUAUCAAAUUAAACAAAAAGCUUCAAAUCAAAAUAAACAAUCAAUAAAUGAUUCAACAUUAGAUAAUGAUGGUGUAUUAGAAUCAAUUAAAAUUUCCAAAAACAAUAAAUCUCCCAUUAUUGCUUUGGCAGGUCCUCCAGGUAUUGGUAAAACUUCUAUUGCAAAAUCUAUAGCAUCAGCAUUAGGUAGAAAUUUUCAAAGAUUAUCAUUAGGUGGUAUUAAAGAUGAAAGUGAAAUAAGAGGUCAUAGAAGAACUUAUGUAGGAGCAAUGCCUGGAUUAAUAAUACAAGCUCUUAGAAAAGCAAGAUGUAUGAAUCCUGUUAUAUUGCUUGAUGAAAUAGAUAAAGUUGUUGGUGGUAAUUCUGGUGGUUCAAAAUAUAAUGGAGAUCCAUCAGCUGCUUUACUUGAAGUUCUUGAUCCUGAACAAAAUUCAACUUUUAUUGAUCAUUAUAUUGGUUUUCCAGUUGAUUUAUCACAAGUUAUAUUUAUAUGUACAGCUAAUGAACCAUAUAAUAUGACAAGACCUUUAUUAGAUAGAUUAGAAAUGAUUGAAAUGGGAGCUUAUGAUUAUAAUGAAAAAUUAAUAAUUGGAAAAAGAUAUUUAUUACCAAGACAAAUUAAACGUAAUGGAUUUCCAGUAAAUGAAAACGAGCCACAAAAUUUAGAAAAUUUUAUAAAAAUUAAUAAUUUUACAUUAAAAAAAAUUAUAAUUGAUUAUACAAGAGAAGCAGGUGUUAGAAAUUUUGAAAGAAAAUUAGGUACAAUAUGUAGAUUUAAAGCAGUUGAAUAUUGUGAAAGUUUAAGUGAUACAACAAAGUCAUAUAAUCCAAUAAUUGAUGAAAAUGAUUUAUCUAUUUAUUUAGGAGUUCCAUUUGCUACGGGAGAUUUAACAUCAAAUGAUCAAACAACUAUAGGAGAUUCUAAAAUUGGUGUUGUUAAUGGUUUAUCAUACAAUUCAGAAGGUUCUGGAUCUGUAUUAGUAUUCGAAAGUAUUGGAUUUGAUAGAAGAACUGGUAAUUCAAAUUCAGAUUCAGAUAGUGUUGGUUCUGGUGCUACAUUAAGUAUGACUGGUAGAUUAGGUGAAACAUUAAUGGAAAGUGGUAAAAUAGGAUUAAUUUUUAUAAAACUGAUGAUUUAUAAAAAUUUAUUAAAAUCACCCCAAGGUAAUAAAAAUUUCUUACUUAAUAAAUUUAAUAAUUUAGAUAUUAAUAUGCAUGUACCAAUGGGAGGUAUACCAAAAGAUGGACCAUCAGCAGGAAUAACAAUGACUUUAUCAUUUCUAUCUGUACUUUUAGAAAAACCAAUACCAUCAAAUAUUGCAAUGACUGGAGAAAUUACUUUAAGAGGUUUAGUUUUACCAAUUGGAGGAAUCAAGGAAAAAUUAUUAGGAGCUCAUUUAAAUAAAGGAAUAAAUAAAAUGAUUGUACCAAGAGAAAAUAGAAAAGAUUUAAUUGAAGAUUAUAUCAAGCUGGUUCAAGAAGAUGGCACAACCAUUAACAACAAUUUAAUUAAUGAAAUCCUAAAAGAUAAUGAAUUUAAAAAUUUUAAAUUAAAUAUUAUUGAAAAUUUUUAUUUAAAAAAAUAUGGUAUUGAAUUGAAUUAUGCUUUUGAAUUUUAUGAUGUUAUUAAAAUUGUUUUUGAAGAUGAAUUUGAUGAAAUUUUACAAGAUAAUUCAAAUCAAAGAUUAAUUGAAUAUAGAAUUUAA